AUGCAGUCGUUCGCCUGCAUCUCACAGGUGCGGCCGGGAUUCUACCACCUCACCGUGCACGCGAAGCCUGGGGCGCGCAGCUCUUCUCUGGCAUGCCGCCCCGCCGCCGCGGAUGAGGCGCUGGAGGUCCGCGUCGCCGCGCCGCCCGUCGAGGGGAAGGCGAACGCAGAGCUCAUUGACUUUAUGCAGACGCUCCUCGAGCAGCAGCUACGCAUGGCACACCUCAGCACGCCGCCUUGUGUUGGUGCAGACGUCGACGCAGAUGCGUACGGCGGUUACGCGAAGAAAGACAAGAAGAAACCCGAUAAACGACGGAAAGAGGACGCCAAGACGACGAGAGGAGGCGUGGACUAUCCGGACAAGGUACGGGUGUCGCUGGUAAGGGGAGCCACGGCCAGGAACAAGGUGCUGGAGGUGGCCUUCCCCGGCACUGAGGAAGACUUGAUUGGUCUGCUGCUGUCGGCGGAUGCAUCGUGA